GUUAUGACUGAGUUGAGUGGCUCUAUCAAUUCGGAUUCUUCAUUCUCUGUCUGCGCAUUUUUGACAUUAGGAUUUGAACAUUCAAGUUGGAUAGAAUUUAUUUGUUACCGAAUCAUUUUUAAAUAUCAGAAUAAAGUUUGGUUCACGCAAAUCAAUAUGGUAUUGGUUGGUGUUAUUAUCGGUCUAGGUCUCUUUCUACACAUUCAUAGUUCAUCUUGCACGCAGUUUGUGAUAAAAGUUCCAGAUAGUGAAAUUGGACAAGUUAAACAGAGUUGGCCUUCAACAAAAAAUAUGCUACCUGCCAUUAUCAACACAUGGGCAUUUACAAAUGCAACAAAGAAAGCUUGGGAAGUACUGUCAGAGAAUGGAAAAUCGGCUCUAGAUGCUGUGGAAGAGGGCUGUUCAGUUUGUGAAAAUGAACAGUGUGAUGGCACUGUCGGUUUUGGUGGAAGUCCAGAUGAAAAUGGAGAAACAACUUUAGAUGCUAUGAUUAUGGAUGGACCCACACAUCGAUGUGGAGCUGUGGCUGGCAUGAAGAACAUUAAGAGUGCCAUCAGUGUUGCUCGCAAAGUCAUGGAACAUACUGAUCACACACUUUUAGUUGGAGAUGGUGCAACUCAAUUUGCAAUCCAAAUGGGCUUCAAAGUAGAAAACCUGACUACUAGUGAUUCAAAUGAAAUUUGGCAGGAUUGGAAAACCCAAAAUUGUCAGCCGAACUUUUGGAAGAAUGUACUGCCGAUUCCAGAAAGAAAUUGUGGUCCGUAUACUCCUAGUGAAGUGCAUGCAAAAUCAGAGCCAGGCACAAACGACGACGAAUUUAAAAAGAGCCAUGACACCAUAGGAAUGGUGGCAAUCGACGCGGAAGGGAAAAUGGCGAGUGGAACGUCCACUAACGGCGCCAGACAUAAAAUCCCGGGACGAGUGGGCGACGCACCCAUCACAGGUUCGGGAUCUUACGUGGACCAGCAAGUUGGUGGAGCUGCCGCUACUGGUGAUGGUGACGUCUUGAUGAGAUUCUUGCCAAGCUUUGCUACCGUUGAACACAUGCGAAAUGGCAUGACUCCCAGUACUGCGGCAGCCUACUCGCUCAAAACCAUAGCAGGCUAUUACCCGAAGUUUGAAGGGGCUGUCGUGGCUAUGAAGACAAAUGGAGAGUUUGGUGCUGCUUGUUACGGUUUUAAAAAUUUCACUUAUGCCGUUGCCAAUUCCGAUUUAAGUAAGCCUAAAGUAUAUUUCGUCGAUUGCACUCUUCCUUCGUAACCUAUCGAAAACGCCAACAGUCGUAUAUUUUUGCUAUGUAUUGUGAUAAUUAAAAUGAUGUCCUAUUCAUGGGUGGUCUAAAUCAAACAGCGCGCAUUAUAAGUCAUCGAUACAUUAGUUGGGUUUAUAAAGAUAUAUUAAAAUAAAUAUUUUUCAAAGCUA